AGUCAUCAAUAAUUCAAUAUCAUAUCGUCACCGGCCGGUCAGCUAUGAAGCCUCAGCCUCCUCCCAUCCAAGGAGAUGGCGUCGCCAAGAAAUCGAGGGCGGCGAAGGCAUCCAGGCGUGAGAUGCUCAAGGUCUUGUACGUCCUGCUCGCUCUGGCCUCGACACCGUUUUUGUACUACAUCUUCUUCGACCUCCCUCCCAAGUUCUCCCUCCAGAUCAACAGCGCCGAGGGCCUCGACGCGGUGGCGGCGGCAGCGGCGGCGCAGCCCCUCUCCACCAUCGUCAACAUGACCCUGCACGCCAGCAACCGGCGCGCGCCGGGCCGAUGCUACCGCCACGGCGAGGCGGUGGUGCGUUACGCCGGCUUCACCGUCGCGGCGGGCCGGACGCGCGUCUUCUGCGUCGGCGCCAGGGACGCGCUCGACGUGCCGGUCGUGGCGUGGGCGGACGGCGUGACGCUGCCCAAUGAGGUACACGAUCGCAUGGCGGCGGAGCAGCGCGCCUGCUCCGUGGAGCUCGAGGUCGACGUGAAGUUGUUCGACCGCGAGAGCGAGAUGCCGACGUGGAUGUGGUGCAAGGUGACGACGCAGGAAGCGGAGCCGUCAGACGUGACACCGUGCAGAGUGUUCGCUACCCAGAAUUGGGCAUCAGACAUUGCACCUCGUUGGAUGCAGUAA